AUGUCGGAGGACGCUGGGCUUCCCGUGCCACGGAGUCAGUGGGUUGAGAGGAGCGUCAGCUGUGCGACGUGCGGGAAGAGAUUCUCCCUCUUCACCGCCAAGUCGAACUGCCCAUGCUGCGGGAAGCUUUGUUGCUCCGACUGCGUUCAGGCCGAGUGUGCCAUUGUGGGCGGCAGUGCUCCGUCAAAAGUAUGUAUUGAUUGCUUCUCAAUGCUUCAGAGCCGGCGACGCGUGGAGCCGGAUGAGGGAUCAUCUUUUCGGGAAUUUAAUGCGGCAUCUGCAUUUCCGCUUCAGACGCGACUCCUCGCUGACGGGCGGGUGGAAAGUGGAGAAACUUCUCGGGUAAGCCCGCCAAACGAUGGAAGGGUGCAGCAUUUUUCGAGAGCCAACGGGUACAGCAAUUCUUUGCCCGUGCUCGACGAGUAUGUUGAUGAUCUGCUGAGGAAGUCAGAAUUGCUUCGAAUGGAGAAUGAUGUCCUGCUCAACCGCCUCCGGGAACAGGAGGCUGAGAUCCAAGCGCUUCGUUUGGAACGGGAUCGGGCCGUUGCACGCAUCGUGCCUGAUGGAGGAAGUAUGGCAGGCAGAAGUGGUACCCCACAAGUGUCUGAUGAAAUCGUCAAGGAAUUGCGUGAAGAACUGGCCGUAGCUCAUCUUCGCAUUGAGUCAGUGGAAGGGGAACUGAAGAAUGCACUGGAUCGGGCAAAAUCGAGCGAAACGGUGGUGAAAAAUCUGAAACAACACCUAUGUAAUUAUAAGGAAGAAGUUGUCCGACUUCUACAGUCCCGAGAAGAAGUGGAAAUGCUUCCAGGGGUUAGUGGUCAUAGGGACAUGAUAUCAACACGUCGCCUUCCUCCAUCUAUUGUACAGGAUACAAUACUCGCAGUUGUUCCACCGAAGUCCUGUGCCGCAAUUGGCACGGACGUCGAUCUGCGAGACUGGGGGUUUGAUACCUUCGAGGUGGCCUCUCGUGUCCCAUCGGUGCUGCAAAGCGUCGCGAUGCACGUUGCAUUGGCGUGGGAUUUUUUUGCUUCUCAGGAAGAGGCACAAAAAUGGGCUUUUUUGGUUGCCGCGGUGGAAAACAACUACAGACCAAAUCCUUAUCAUAAUGCGAUACAUGCGGCGGAUGUUCUUCAAGGCACGUUUUCUCUUGUGUCGGCUGCAAAGCCAUUGAUGGAGCAUUUGACACCACUGGAAUGUAAGGCUGCCGCAUUUGCUGCACUGACACAUGACGUUUGUCAUCCGGGACGCACAAAUGCCUUUUUGGCUGCUGUGCAAGAUCCUGUGAGUUUCAAGUUCAGUGGUAAAGGGACUUUGGAACAGCUUCACACGGCGACAGCGUUUGAAUUAUUGAAUGUGACCGAAUUUGACUUUACCAGUUCAAUGGACAACGCAUCGUUUCUGGAAUUCAAGAAUAUCGUGUCGCAUCUCAUUGGGCACACCGAUAUGUCUUUGCAUUCUGAGACUGUUGCGAAGCAUGGGGCAAAGUUGAGUGCUGGUGGUUUUGAUUGCACAUGUAAAGAGGAUCGUUUGGAGGCCCUUUCACUUCUUCUACAUGCCGCUGACAUUGGUGCAAGUUCUCGUGGCGUGGCUAUUGCGAGAAAGUGGUUGGUGAUUCUGCAGGAGUUUGCUGAUCAGGCUGAAGAUGAACGCCGUCGCGGCCUUCCGGUGACUCCCGGUUUUGAAACACCGUCUUCUGUGGAAAAGUCGCAGAUUCCUUUUCUUGACUUUUUCGUUAUACCCACCUUCGAUCUGCUGCAUCAACUGUUUCCGAGUAUCGAGGAGCCCCUGCACAACCUCCGCAAAUUGCGGGAAUUAUACGCCGCAAAGGCAGGCGUGACGACACCGUUUCCCCCGCCAGUUGAUUACCGGAGCCGUGAGGAAAAGAUAAGGAGUCUUGAGGCAGAACUUGCGUACUUUCGCAGGCGGGAAGAGGAGUUUCAUCGCCAGUUGCUGGAGCUGAGAACAGCCAGUGAAAAUGUGAAUAAAAAUUCUGCCGCGCUAAUGACGAGUGAGGGGGCGUUAAAUAAGCAAUCUCAGUUGGUGUGUAGAGGGGAGGGAAAUAUGAAUGCCGACUGGGCGGAUGCCGGAGGUGGGUUUCGGAAUGAGAAGGAUGUGAGGGACUUGCAAGAUGUGUCCAUGGACCACCUGGUGAGCAGCAAGACCGUUGAACCGGACACGGGCGAUAGCAGACCGCGAAGCCGACGGGGAAGCAAGGCUGAAACGACGAAAGCUUAUGAGCGAAACUUGGGCGAACGAGAAGCGGCGCUCAUGGCGACUGCGAGAUUAAUGGAGAAUCGUGAGAAAAGGUUGGCCGUCCUUUCCGAAAAACUCGCAGAAAUUGCAGAGGGGCUGCACGAGGAGAGGAAGCGCUUAAAACCCAUGGAAGAAUUUAAGACUCCCUGCUUUUCCCGAGAAACAGAACUUAUUUCUGAGGAAAGCGCGUCCAUGGAUGUUACGCAUCGUUUUUCAACUCAAUGGGAGGCGGAAGGACGUCUUGCAAGGAAAUACAGAGAAUUGGAUGAACUACUUUUGAUUGUGCGUGCUAUGCGCAUGGGGUAUGCGGCAAGACGCAACACGCAUCUUGGGUGGAAAGCUUUGUCUGCGACCCUAGCGGAACGUGAGGCGGCUAUUACUGAGGCUGUGGAGUUGUCACGUCAACGACGUAGGCAUUUGGAGGAGGGAAGAGGACUGCAUCCCACGGCAACACAACUGGACCGAUUGGAGAACGCCAUCUUUCAGUUGAUGUCAGCCACCACUCUGUUGACGCAGUGCUGA